AGUGCAACCCUCGACUCGACCAAUGCCCUCCUCAGCUUCUCCAUCUCGCUGCCAACCUCCCACUUCACCCAAACAAAGUCGUCUGAGAAAAUGGCAACGCCCGGCCUUUGCUUCCUCCUCCUAGUCUCCACCUUCGUCUACUCCAUCUCCUCCGCCUCAGCCGCCGCCGCUACCCCAUCUUCCUCCUCCUCCGCCGCCGCUGCCAACUUCAUCAAGGCCUCGUGCAGCGCGACCAGCUACCCGGCGGUGUGCGUCCAGUCCCUCUCGGCCUACGCCAACACCGUCAAGCUCAGCCGCAAGGAGCUGGCCCAAGCAGCGCUGACCGUGACCCUAGCCAAGGCCCAAGCCACGAGGGACUUCGUCACCCGGUCGACCAAGCUGAAGGGGCUCAAGGCCAGGGAGUACGAGGCGGUGAAGGACUGCCUGGAGGAGAUGGGGGACACGGUGGACCGUCUGAGCAAGUCGAUGAAGGAGCUCAAGGGGAUGGGGUCCCAAUCCAAGGCCCAGGACUUCCAGUGGCACGUCAGCAACGUGGAGACGUGGGUGAGCGCCGCACUGACCGACGAGAACACCUGCAUGGAUGGUUUCUCCGGGAAGGCCACGGAAGGGCGGCUCAAGAAGUCGAUCCGGACCAGGAUCGUCGAAGUGGCUCAGGUCACCAGCAACGCCCUCGCUCUCGUGAACCGCUUCGCCGCCAAGCACUGAGCUUUAUUGGUCGGAGUCCUGAAGUGUCGUCGUCGUCGUGGUCGACGUUGUUGCUGUUUUAGCUUUUGGCUGAUAGUGAAGAGCAUGUGUGGCUAUGUUUUUGUCGCAUGUAAGUACCGGUGUUUUUGAUGUUUAAAUUAAGGUUUUACAGAGUGUGAAUCACUACACUUUAGAUUACAGUUCAAAGUAAGUGUUUGCGCGAGUCCAUACUCGUUUCUAGUCAUUCCUCGAUGGAAAAAAGAAGGUACCAAAAUAACUUGCGUUGCGAGGUUUCGGGAACGUCGUUUGAUAUUUCCAGUGCAGAUUGAUAUAUAUAUAUAUGCAGUAAUUGAACA